ACGAAAAAACAAACACAUAACCGAAAAGCUAACUGAUAAAAGAUCGUUUCUUUGCUUCUCUCUUUCUCUCUCUACUGCAAACAGAGAGACUUCCCCAAUUCUUCAGUUCCUAGGGCUUUUUUUACUUCACUUUCUUCUAGGUUCUCUGUAUUUGCGAGAUCGUCAAAAACAAAUUCUCCGGCAGAGAUGGCAGAUUCGCCGGCAGACGCCGAUACUCUGAAGCGUGAGUUUAAGAAGAUACUAAGAGAGAUUUUGUCUUACGGAGGAGGAAGCAAAGAUCUCGCAGAGAUUGAUGGAAGUUCUGGAGUCUUGAAAUCGAUUGAAAAGGCUAAUAGAGUCAUCAACUGUCUGAGAGAAGUUGAACCAGAGACUGAUAUCGUUUCUCCUCCGUCGCCGGAAAAGGUGGAUGUGCCAAAAGAGUUUAAAUGUACACUCUCCAAGAAGAUCAUGAUCGAACCCGUCAUCAUAGCCUCUGGUCAGACUUAUGAGAAAAGAUAUAUCAAAGAAUGGCUGAAGCGGGAACGUACAUGUCCCAUAAGCAACCAAGUCCUCUCUCAUUUAUCCUUGACACCCAACCUUUUGGUAGAUGAGCUGAUUACGCAAUGGUGUCUAGUUAACAAAUUCAAGCGGCCGAAAUCAUCAGAAGAGAUAGUUACUGAGCUGUUUACUGAUGGAAUAGACUCACUGCUUCACCGGAUCUCCUCUCCUUCCUCGGUUGCAGAUCAGGCACAAGCUGCAGAAGAGCUUCGCAGACAGACCAAGAGAUUCGCCAAUGUCCGGACCUUCUUUGUCUCCCAACUCCCUGGUUCCAUCACACGGUUGCUAAGUCCGCUCUCUGCGGUUGACUCGAAUCUUGAGCUUCAGGAGAAUCUCGUCACGACGUUGUUCAACCUCUCGAUCGUUGAGAAGAAUAAAACAGUAAUUGCUGAAAACCCUUUAGUGAUCCCAGUGCUCACAAAGUCUCUGAAGCAGGGGACAGCUGAGACGCGAAGAAACACUGCAGCGACUUUACUGUCACUUUCAGCCAUUGAUUCUAAUAGGCUUAUCAUCGGUAACUCUGAAACGCUCAAGGCUCUUAUUGGUUUAAUCGGAGAAGGGGGUUUAUUCACCACUGAGGCCGCCUCUGCUGUUUUCAACAUAUGUAGUGUAUCAGAGAACAGAGAAAAAGCUGUUUCAGCGGGGUUGAUUCCAGUGCUGGCGAACAAGAUCAAAGAAGGAAGCAAUGUGGCUGAGUUGUUAGCUCUCCUGGCAUUGGUUUCUACACACAACCGUGGGGUUAAAGAAAUGAGUGAUCUAGGGUUUAUCAGUGAUCUGCUCAGUAUCUUGAGGAAACCGAGUUGUCCAGUGACUCACGAGAACGCUGUGGUGAUCGUCUUUAACAUGUGUGACAGAAACAGAGACAGGACUAGAGGACUAAAAAUGCUGAGCGAAGAGGAAAAUAAAUACGGGACGUUUACGAAACUUGCGAAGCAAGGAUCAGAUCGUGCGGUGAGGAAAGCAGAAGCGAUUUUGAAGUGGCUUAAGAGACACGGUACCGGUAAAGCGCCGCAGAGGGGAUGAAGGAAUCACCAAAAAAUCAGGUCUUGUUGUUACAGAAUAUAGUUUUACUAUUGGUACAUACAUACAAAAUUAAUCGAAGCUAGAAAAAAAGGAUGUAUAUAAUAUAUAGUAUAUAGUUUUCUCUGAGAAGUAAAAUGUGCCUAGGAAAGAAAAGUUGUAUAUAAUAUAGUUUCCGGUUAGUUGUAACUUGUAAGUAACGCUCUGUUUUUUUUCAGUGAAUGGAAUCCAAACAGAUGUAGUGGCAUUACCGUAAAUACAGGUCAUAUGAAAGGGUAGUUUAAGGAUGUUAUAAUAAUCGGCUAAUAGGGCCGGUGAUAGUCUCCUAUAUUUAGCUGACUGCAGUAAUCGAGUUGACUCCAAUUUAACCGAAAGCAACAAAAGGAUAACAUGUAAAAAGCACUAAGAUAAUUGAUUACUUUUUU